ACGACGCGACACGCGACGACUCCCUGCAGCCCUGCGAGCUCGAGAUCGACGAGAUGAGCGGUGCCUACGGCGGUGGCGGCGGCUUCGUCAACGACGGCUCACAGACUUCGCCAGGGGGUGCAAAAAAAGGAGAUGGUCACUGCACGCCCGUCACGCUCGCCAUGGUCACUUCAGCCGAGCAGGGACACGCUGAAGCACCCUAUACGUACGAUGGCGUGGAGAUUGGCAAUGUGGAAGUGAUCGCCUUGGUGGAGGAUCUGAAUGCAGCUUCGACGAAUGCCACGCUAUCGCUUGAUGACGGCACUGGCAGAGCGGACGCGAGAGUCUGGCUCGAGAAUGGGGCAGAGAGCUCCUACCAGCUAGAAGGGAUCGAGAAAGGUACGACCGUACACGUCAUUGGAGGCCUCAAAGACUUCAACAGCAAGCGCUCGAUCAACAUCGUUCACGUCAGACCUGUUCAUGAUCCCAACGAAGAGGCCUACCAUCGGUUGCGCGUCGCUCAUCUCCAAUUGCAGCGGAAGAGACCUACUGGCGCACGAACAGGGCCAGGCGCGAAUGCAUACAGAGCAGCAGGCAUCAUUGACGGCGACGAGGCAGCUUUCGCAAGUCUCACGGCAAAAGGCAAAAAGAUUAUGCUCUACCUCAAGGAACUCAAGGACAGCGGAGCCAUCGGCGGCGGCGGUGUUGCUGAAGAGCAAUUAGCUCGACAGACUGGCAUAUCCUUACAAGACGUAAAGGCCGAAGCUAUAUCACUUUCGGACGAUGGUCAGAUUUUCGAAAUGGACGAGGGCUUCUGGGCUCCCGCUCUUUGAGUACCGAUGCCACGCGAAUGCAUUGUUGUGCCAACAUCAUCGCCGUCUCACGCGAUUCGUGAGCGCAUUCGCAAGCGACCUGAAAGCAUCUGCUUGUGCAUCGCGCAGAGCUGGCCCGAUCUCGUUGACGAACCUGUCCUUGAGCUGUAGGGCGCUUGUCAGAUCGAUCACAAGAUUUCAGGGCAAGCCAACUCACGACGGAAUCAUGAGCGAGAUCAUACUGCGAUAGUGGCUUGAGCGAGUCGAUCCCACC